UGAAUUUUGAUAAAGUUAAUGCGAAUUAAAUUGUGUGCAAAAUUAUGGAGACGCCAACGGGUAGUGGAUAUUCCACUCGCCCCGAGCGCAUGCCCACUCCCCGAUUGUCUGAGCGUAAGAGGCAAUUAUUUCGCAGCCGCAGCACCAAUCUGGACCAAAUUGACGAUGACGAUGGCGUUGGAAUCCUUGGAAUAUCACCACUGAAACCACAUGCCAGCUCAAAGAAGCCCAGCCAUCUCAAAUUUGAUCGGGAACCUGAGGGAAGACUAUUGCGCAGCAGCACGAGCAGUUCGCCGGAGACGAACAAGGAGAACAAAAAGAUACGUGGAGGAGGAGUCGUGGCUGCCACCGAUCAGCUGCCGCUGUUAUUUACCAAAACAAUGUGCAUCAAUAGCAAUAAUAGCAGCAUUAACAGCAGUCCACGCACGCCCAGAGCGAAGAAGGGUCAUGUGAUUAUUCCAGAGUCGGAUGACGAUGAAAGUGAUGCAGCUGGAGGCAACUCAAUUCAUCGAGUGGCCACAAAGCGAGUGCACACUACAGCUACGGCUACGUCAGUAGAAGCUGCUUCGUCGCAAGAUUCGGAUUCAGGGUCGCCGCAGUCUAAACAGAAGAAGACUAACCUGGAGGGUAGCAUUCCAACCAUGGCAUUCUAUUCCAACAGCGGAACACCCAGUUUACGAAAGAAGGCGAAUUCCAAAAAAGGAAACUCAAUGAAGCACAUAGAUCCGCAGCAGCGCGGUGGCAAGGCGAAAACGUCACCAACGUCUCGGCCUCGGUUGGGCAUCAAUAAAGGAGUGCACCACAAGAUACGGAAGCCAAAUCGGUACGUUCCGCACAGCCAUUUGCCUCCCACUGAUAUAGAUCACAUCCUGGGCGCGCUGCGCAAUGAGAAGCUCAAAAGUCUGAUCACCGAUAAGCGGGAAGAGCGCGCAAAGGUAGAGCUCGUGCACCAAGUCCUGCACAGUGCUCGCGAUCCGAUUAAAAUGGCCAAGCCGUUGAGUGUUUUAGCAGCAGAUGACGCCAACAACAACAUGCCCGAAGGUACGUGGCAACAUACCUCAGACUUCUCCGAUCUGAGUGAAGACGAAGAACAACAGUCCGAUCCAGCUAUGGAGUUGGAACCCAUUAUACCGCUGAUUCGCCAUGAAGCGGUCACCAUCCCCCCACCUGAGCCGACGGAUCUGAGCAAGCGCAAGUUCUUCAAGUCGGGAAGGAGGAGCAGCACGUGCAUGGAAGUCAGGAUCACUGACAACAUAAAAGCCAGUGUAAGUCAGGGGAGGAUUUCUCUGAUCCAGCACCCCGCAAAGAAGGCACGAAGAGUGCGCGUCAAAUCAGCUACCUUAUUCUCUGCGGAGCAGGCCACCGUAGAUGCCAUUCUUCGGAAUUUAGACGACACAGUCGUAGACGAGAUAAUCGAAUCGAAUAAAUCAAAGGCCACGACGACAUCUUCCAUUGAGGCGAAGGACGCUCCCUCCGCUGAGGUGGAGGACGCUUCCAUGGAGGUGGAGGAGGUCCCCGAAAUGGUUGAUUAUCGCCAUAAAUUAAUAAAUACCGAAAGUGUUCACGAUCAUGAUCCCGAAUCCGAUCCCUUUGCUAAAUUCCGCCAGCGACUGCCUUAUAACACCGAUGAUCCAGAGACCAUGGAACAGCAGAAAAUUCUUCUGGAGUUCCUGAUUAGCAAUAACAUCUGUACGGACGAGUAUUUCGAGUACUUCAUUGGCGAUCCCGAAAGUCACAAGGAGGAAGCCACACGGAUUGUCGAUCAGUUGUAUAUGGUGGUCCAUGCUGAACAGUCGGCGCAGGAAGCUCCUAUGAGGUCGGAGGCAGAAGCGGUGGUAGAGAAAGCGCCGACACCAGAGCCACAACCUCAGGAACAACCCUCUGAUCCAGCAGUUAUAAAGCCAAAACUCUUUCCCAUAUUCACACAACGUCUCCAGCCUGUUCCUCAGAAAUGUACGCGACGCAAGCCAGAUACCUCAAUGCGAUUGCAAUCGGCGGCCACUGGUUCCGGUCAGUACCAAAUCGACGCUGGACAGAAGGCAUUCGGAGCGAGACAAUGCCAACAGUGCGGCUUGGUCUACACCGUCCACGAGCCAGAGGAGGAGAAGUUGCAUCGGGAGUACCACAAUUCCAUACAUGUUUUACGUUUUAAGGGUUGGCUCGACGAGGACAUUGUGGGAGUGUAUCCAGAAUGGGCAAGCGAUGGACGGAUUAUACGCAUUAAUCAAAAUGCUCCUGCAUUGCGACUCGAGAGGCUUAAGGAUCUAAUUGGAGUGGUAGAUAAGGAACUGGGAUAUUCUUCGUACAUUGUGCCAAAGGUGUUUUACGCAUUUUUUGCCAUACGGAAACAGCAAAUUGUGGGUUUUUGCCUGGUGCAGCCCCUUACCCAGGCACAUCGGUUCAUUCAGGUUGAUGGAACGGACUACUUUAGCGAGGAUACUUACGAGGCCAGUUGUGGCGUCUCUCGCAUUUGGGUUUCUCCUCUGAACCGGCGUCAAGGAAUAGCCAGCAAGCUCAUGAGGACUGUACAGAGUCAUACAAUCUUGGGUCAGGAAAUCUCUAUGGAUCGCAUUGCGUUCAGCACACCAACCGAUGACGGGCGGGCGUUGGCGCGACAUAUCACGAGAACCGAUAAUUUUUUGACCUACGACCAGUGAUGUGAUCAGGAAGGGAGAAGGGAAAAUUGUACGGGCUAUUGAAUAGCUGGAGUUAUGUUUGAUUAAGGAUUGCUUCGAAACCUGUUUUAGUUGUUAAGCCAGUUCGAUUAUUUUAUAUGCAGAUAUUGUGUGGAAUUAAAGCUAUUUUCGAUUA